AUGGUCAAUGAAUAUUACGAAGAACAAGAUGAUGGUUAUAAUACCGUAGAUGAUGAUGAUAACUUAUGCAAAGAUUGGAAAAACAGGUUUCUUCCUACAUGCUUUACAACAUAUACAUUUAGGAGCAAUAAAAAUGAUUCAGUUAAAGAAUUACAUGAAAAAGCAAAUGAUCUAGAGUGCCUAAUUAAUCUCUGUGGAACUAAUUUAACGUGUUUAAAUUUAACACAAUAUCCUAUUUCUCAAAUAAUGCCAAUUAUCAAUGCUAAUUGUCCAAGUCUUGAGGAGCUUUAUUUAGGAUUCAAAGAAAUAAUGACCAAGUCAUUAGAACAAAUUAGUGGAACCUUGAAAAGAUUAAAUCUUUCAUGUAACUUAAAACGACAUGCUAUUUUCUCACCAGACUCAUUGGCUUCUGUAUUUCCUCGACUAAUCGCUUUGAAUACUUUAAAUAUAAGUAAUUUUGGACUAAGUCAACUAUUACUCCAGUCGAUAGGUGAAAUAAAAAAUUUGGCUCAUCUAUCACUAACGUCUCUUUGGCUGAAAAAUCAUCCAAUGUUUGAUGCAAGAAUCAAUAUGUAUCCAAUUGGGAAUUUGAAAAAUCUCAAGAGUUUAGAUAUAUGGUGUGAAUAUGGUGUUAAAGAUGAAUUUCUGAUUAAUCUUUGUAAUAAUGCUAAAAAGUUAGCGUUUUUAUCUAUAACUGGCACAAAUAUAACUGAUAUUGGUAUGAGUGCAAUUGAUAAUUUAGAACAAUUAAAAGAUUUCGAUCUUGGUUUAACUCAUAGUCUUGUUGAUAAAAUUCCUCUCAAGAAAUGGAUAAACUUUCAAAACUUACAACAUCUUGGUAUUGUUUGUAAUAUGAAGCCUGACUUAGCAAAAACAAUUGUUAAAUAUUGCAAGAAUUUGAAACAUUUGGAGCUACAUAAUCCUGGUUACUCAAUGAAUAAUACUGCUUUAAAAAAGUUGACAGAGUUGGAAAAUCUUGAAUGUUUAGUCCUUGGUGUAGCUGAGCUUCAUAAGGAAUCAAUAAUCGCAAUUUCAAACAAUUGCAAAAAACUUAAACGUUUAGAAAUUCCUGGUUGUGCUAUAGUACCAUCUAUUGAUGGUAACUUAUUUUCUUCUUCAUCUGUUCUUGAUGAGUUAUCAAAAUUACAAUGUCUUGAACAUCUAAACUUGUCUCAAGCAAAGAGUUUUAAAGACAGUACAAUUACUGCUAUCGCUAAUAAUUGUAAAAACCUAAAAACAUUAGAACUUCAAAAUUGCAGAGCUAUUACUAAAACAGCUCUCGUUGCUUUAACAAACCUGGAAAAUUUACAAAAACUAGACGUAAGGUUUCUUGAUAUAAUUACGAACAGUUUUAUUAUCAAAUUAAAAGGUUUAAAAGAAUUGCAUUGCGAUAAUUGCGAAAAACUUACUGAUGCUGGUGUUAUUCAAUUUAUAAAAAAUAAUCCAGACCUUGAAAAGAUUAGUUUCAGACAUAUAAAAAAUAUUACAAUUGACUUGGUUAUUGCAGCUAAUGAGGCAACUAAAAAUCGUACAAAUGGUAUCAUUUUACACUUAGAAACAUCUUAUAUGUUGAAAACAAAAGCUUUUAAGUCAAUAAUUGAAUCUCAAUGGUUGGUUGUUAAAUACCUAUAA